AUGUCGAUAAUAGAACAGACAGAUGUAAAGCCUAAGCAAACCAAGUCGAGAAGAAGAGUGUCGAAUGAGGAUUCUGUCCAGGCGGUUGUAUCUAACGAUGACGCGAAGAAGGAAGCAGCCAAAAGGGCUGCGCGGAGAAAGAAAGAAAUAGAAGCUGAAAAUAUUCGGAAAAUGUUCGUUUCUAGCCUCGACCCCUUGGAUACACCUUUGAAGUGGUGGGAAACGGAAUAUGUAAAAUACGCAAUAAAUUAUCCACCGGUGAAAUCACGACUAGAGCAUAUAAUGGGAAGUCACAUUGUGCGAUUGACAGAUCGGAAAUACAUGCAAUUACUCGCCUCUAGUAUCGAAAAAUAUCACCAAGAGCAACAGAAAAUACGCAUAGAAGAAAGAAAGCUGAAGCCACCCUCGGUCAUAUCUCGAUUGUUGGAAACAUCUUAUGAAGUGCUUACGGAUUGUAUGAAAGAAAGGAAGUAUAGUAAGCUCAAGCUUUAUAUAUAA